UGGUCACACUCACUGAUACACACAGCGCCUCGUUCACAUGAUCACAUCGCGGUCACAUGCUCCUGUCCGUCCAUUUAUCCUUCACUCCUGGCACGUUGUCCGGACUUCUGCUCUUUGCUUGUCACGGACAUGAACCAGCUUCCUGGAGAUCACAGCCUGGGGGGGUCAGAUAUUAACCAAUAACCUCUCCACUCAGGGGACCGAGGCAGCCACGGAGGCCCUUACCUCUCCGAGGAGCUGAGACAAGAAAGGGAAAAAACUUACCACGCACAGCGACAUGGCCAGCAAGGGUCACGAGAGCGAGCACCCAUCUGUGACACUCUUCCGUCGGUACCUGCGCCUCCGCACCGUCCAUCCUGAUCCCGACUACGGGGCUGCGAUGGCCUUUCUUGAGGAGAGAGCCCACGAGCUGGGCCUGGGCUUUCAGAAUGUGGAGGUGGCACCUGGCUUUGUGGUGACCGUGCUGACCUGGCCAGGCACCAACCCUAAACUCUCCUCCAUCUUGCUCAACUCCCACGUGGAUGUGGUACCCGUAUUCAAGGAGCACUGGAGUCAUGACCCCUUCGAGGCCUUCAAGGAUGCCGAGGGCUACAUCUAUGCCAGGGGCGCCCAGGACAUGAAGUGUGUCAGCAUCCAGUACCUGGAGGCUGUGAGGAGGCUGAAGGCUGAGGGCCACCGUUACCCCAGAACCAUCCACAUGACCUUUAUGCCUGAUGAGGAAGUUGGGGGCCACAAAGGCAUGGAGCUGUUUGUACAGCGGCCUGAGUUCCAGGCACUGAGGGCUGGCUUCGCCCUGGAUGAGGGCCUGGCCAACCCCACUGACGCCUUCACUGUCUUUUACAGUGAACGGAGCCCCUGGUGGGUGCGGAUCACAAGCACCGGGAACCCUGGCCACGGCUCGCUAUUCAUCGAGGACACAGCCGCAGAGAAGCUGCACAAGGCUGUGAGCCUGAUCCUGGCUUUCCGGGAGAAGGAGAGGCAGAGGCUGCAGUCAAACCCCCACUUGAAGCUGGGGGCCGUGACCUCUGUGAACCUGACUAAACUGGAGGGCGGCGUGGCGUAUAACGUGGUUCCUGCCGCGAUGAGUGCCAGCUUUGACUUCCGCGUGGCACCAGACGUGGACAUGAAGGCUUUUGAAGAACAGCUGCGGGGCUGGUGCCAGGCAGCUGGCGAGGGCGUCACCUUCGAGUUUGCUCAGAAGUGGACGGAGCCCCGAGUGACAUCUACUGAUGACUCAGACCCCUGGUGGGCUGCGUUUAGCGGCGUCUGCAAGGACAUGAACCUCACUCUGGAUCUGGAGAUCUUCUCCGCUGCCACUGACAGCCGCUUCCUCCGCGCGGCAGGGAUCCCGGCUCUGGGCUUCUCACCCAUGAACCACACGCCCGUGCUGCUGCAUGACCAUGACGAGCGACUGCAUGAGGCCGUGUUCCUCCGUGGGAUCGACAUAUACACACGGCUGCUGCCCGCCCUGGCCAGCGUGCCCGCCCUGCCCAGUGACAACUGAGCCGCACGCUCCUCAGCCUCCACCACUGGGGCUCCCACCUGACCAGUGCCAGGGGCCCUUCCUCACUGCCCGACAAUAAAGGUUAUGCGUGGACAGGAGCCACUUCUGAAAUACUAA